CGGAAGCAGGUCCGGUAGAUGGAGCAAUUUGCUUUCCACGCCGGACUCCCUUGCGGCCAGCCACCUUUCCUUCCUCCUUCCGCUACUUUCGCUUCCGAUCACCAAAAAGACCUUUCUUUUCCGGUGCUCUGCUGCACUGGGGCGCCCGUCUCUAAAAGCCUUGGUCGACGCCGACGCCGCGCACGGGAGCACCAGAGCCUCAGCCAAGGAAGUAGAGGUGCGGAGGGACAGGGAGGGAGCGGUGCGGUGGCAGAUGAAGAAGUGCGCGUCGGAGCUGGAGCUGGAGGCCUUCAUCAGCGGCCCGGAGGGCGCCGCCGCGCAGGUGCCGUUCGGCGCUGAGGGUGUGUUCCCCGCCGGAGGGGGCGACCUCUCUUGCUUCAGCUUCGCGGACUCGAACACCUUCAAUGGAAGCAUUCCCAACCACCUAUGGUCCCAUAACCACAACGUGAGGCAUCCUGCAGUCUCCACGACAAUCGAGUCGCAGUCAUCAAUCUGUGCGGCAGCAAGUCCAAUAUCAGCGACCAACCUAAAUCUGAAAGAGAGUCAAACUCUGGGCUCAAGUGGUUCAGAUUCUGACAGCGAAUCAUUGUUCGAUACCGAGGGCGGUCCAUGCGAGCAGAGCAAAAACCCACUGGACGUGAAGAGAAUGAGACGCAUGGUGUCCAAUCGUGAGUCUGCUCGACGGUCGAGGAAGAGGAAGCAAGCGCACUUAACUGACCUCGAGACACAGGUUGAGCAGCUCCAGGGCGAAAAUGCGUCACUCUUCAAGCAGCUGACAGACUCCAGCCAGCAAUUCACGACCGCUGUCACGGACAACAGGAUCUUGAAAUCGGAUGUCGAGGCCCUCAGGGUCAAGGUGAAGAUGGCAGAGAACAUGGUAGCGCUCCGCGCGCAGUCGUGCGGGUUGGGCAGCCUAGGGAUCUCGCCGGUGCUGAACCCGCGGCAGGCGUGCCGUGGCCUCGACGUGCUCGCCGGCCUGGACUUCCCCGGCGACGACGGGUGCUUCUCGGGGCUGUCCCCGACGGAGCAGGUCCAGAACUCGCCGUUGCAGAGCAUGGAGAACCGGAUGGCCAGCGAGGUCACCAGCUGCGGCGGCUCCGGCGUCAACGUCUGGGGGUUGGACUCCCACUCCCACGGCGGUUUGUCCAAGUGAAGAAGCUGAAUCGUGCGUGGCACCGGCACUGGCAGCUACUCUUCUAUGCAUAGAUUAUAGCUACGGAGCUGCAAACUUAUGUGAGCUGCUGCUGAGUUUAGCUGAAGUGGUGAACUGAACGGACUUGAGUUUUUCAGAGUCCUCGUCUCGGUAUAUUGCCUAGUUCUGUAAUACAAUUGACUAGCUACAUAUAUGCUCCUAUAUGCUAAGAGACUAAACUCCAAAGCAUCAUUGGUGCUGUGGUUUUAUAUCA